GAAGAGCGAAGAAGGCAAAGAAGAGGCCUCCAGUGAACCUGCAGAAUCUGGUCUUGAUUAUUACAGUUGUGGUGUUUGUCAUCGUGGUGAUCAUGUGGUCACUUUUGUGGGUUUUUACAUUCCGGAGAGAAAGCAAUAGUGGUGUGUACUUCGCUGGUAUGUUUCGUGUUGCCAAUGUGGAGUUCAUACCAGAGUACCGGCAAGCAGACUCCAGUGAAUUCGUGUCCAUGGCAAAUCAAAUACAGCAUGUGGUCAGCAAAGUCUACAGAUCAUCAUCAGUAUCAAAGCUUUACAAACACACCGUCAUAUCUGACCUGAGUAACAAUGAUAAAGGUGGCGUGCUGGUAUAUUUCUGGAUGAUCUUCGUGGUGCCAAGGCUAAAGACUCCAGCAGUGUGUGAGGAGUGUGUUAGCGUGAUACUUAAAGAUUCGGUGCUCACGUCCCUACAGAACAGAUCGUCUGUGGGCUUCCUGUUGGGGCUGCCAGUGGACAUUGAUUCCAUCUUCAUCAACAUUGCUCUUCGCUCAGAUUACACAUCUAUCGCUGCAGGUUCUGAGUGUGUGGAUAAACUGUACGCAGGCCUCCCAGAUGUUAGAGUCCCACUGAACGUUUUCUCAUCAUGGGGAGGUCUGAGCUGUCACAUCAAACUCACGUCUUGUCCAGGCACCAUCAUCCGGCUCACGGUGAACAGCCUGAACAUUGACCCGAGUGACUGCAUAUACGAUGCCCUCACUGUGUAUGACGCAUUGCUUCCUAUGAGAGCCAAAACCUUGCACAGGUUGUGUGAGACAGUGCGGGUCCCGAUAUCUCUUGUCUCCACCUCUAACGUCAUGCUGCUUUCCUUUACACUCACCCAAGGCAGCAAGAGCUUCCGAGGAUUCUUCCAGGCCAUUCCUGAGGAGGAAUGCCUGAGUGUAAUCGAGGUUCCAUCGGCCCCUGGCGAGGCAGGUGAUAUGACCAGCCCGUUCCACCCCAGUCUUCUUCCCCCGCUGUGCUCCUGCACCUGGAGGCUUCAGACACGCAGCGCUUCUCUCGGCGUCGCUCUGAAGUUUCAGAACUACAUCCUCUCCCUGAAAGAUCUGACUCCGUGUGAACACGGCUGGUGGAAGGUCAACGAGAUCAUAUACUGUGGCCGUUACGUGAGCCAUGCGACCGUCUUCCGCAUUCCUGAGAGAAGCGUGGAGGUGGUGUUUCGCUGCAGCUCCCGCAGCUCAGAGCUGCCUUUCAGUGCCACCUACAGCAGCUUCAACAUCAGCCAACCGUGUCCUGAAGGUCACUUUCUGUGCGCCACAGGGUUGUGUUUGGAAAAAGAAAGACGUUGUGAUGGCCUGGAUGACUGUCAGGAUGAGAGCGACGAGGUGUUCUGUUCAAAACCCUCUAAGAACUGCGGCAGCCUGAGCCCUCUUCAUCCUCUUUAUGUAUGCGAUGGAGAAAAAGAUUGUCCCAAUGGACGAGAUGAAACCAACUGUACUCAAGAGACGGGCUGCUCUGGGAUGUGGUAUCAGUGCAGCAACGGAGCCUGUAUCCUAAAGAAAAAUGCAAAGUGUGAUGGAUUUCACGACUGUCUCGACCACAGUGAUGAGAACGACUGCGCCUGUGGUCAGUCCAUGCCUGUGAAACGCGUGAUAGACAGCGCAGCUCCUCAGGAGCGCGUGGUGGGUGGAGUCAAUGCUGUAGAGGGGGAGUGGCCAUGGCAGGUCAGUUUGCAUUUCUCUGGCUAUCUGUACUGCGGCGCCUCCGUAAUCACCAGCGAGUGGCUGGUCUCCGCUGCACACUGCUUCAGCAAGGAGAGACUCUCAGACCCUCGGCAGUGGGCGGCUCACCUGGGCAUGUUGAGCCAGGGCAGCGCUAAGUACGUGGCGGAGAUCCGGCGUAUUGUUGUGCAUGAGUACUACAAUGCUCGCAACUUUGACUACGACAUCGCCCUGCUGCAGCUCAGAAAGCCGUGGCCCAGCAGCCUCGCCCCAUUUAUCCAGCCAGUGUGCCUACCCGCGCCGUCACAGACCCUCACUGAGAGACACCGCUGCUGGGUGACUGGCUGGGGCUACCGCUCCGAACAGGAUAAAGUCCUACCCACGGUGCUGCAGAAGGCUGAGGUGAAUGUCCUGAGUCAGAGUGAGUGUAAGAGGGCGUACGGUCCUGUUUCUCCGCGCAUGCUGUGUGCAGGCGUGGCCACUGGAGAGCGAGACGCCUGUCGGGGGGACUCUGGUGGCCCUCUGUCCUGCCAGACAUUGGAAGGUGGACGCUGGUUCCUGAUGGGAAUUGUAAGUUGGGGUUCAGGCUGCGGCAGACCUAACUUUCCCGGCGUGUACACCAGGGUGUCUAAGUUCAUCUACUGGAUCAACAGCCACAUUUACAACUCAUGAUAAACUACAAAACUUAGAGCCAAGCAUGAGAAGCUGUAUACAAUAGACAGUAACGUCUGGACCUCAGGACACA